AUGGCAGAUUGGCGUGCGGGCGACUACUACACGCAGCUCCGCGCGGCACCCGUGGACGUAAAGGAGCUACAGUACUUCCAGUCGCAGCCAUCAACAAAGCCAUGGCUAGAGCACACCGACUACAGCCCGAUAGCCAGUCCAGUACGGGCACCGCGAGGCGACGGAGAGGACGAAUUUCUGGGACGAGUCGUCCACACCGAUGACACAAUCCGGCAUUGGCUAGCAGUAAUUUCCAACAAAGCCUUCCCACCCCCAGGAUCCGAGAAAUCUGGUGGUUUGCAAAAAGACGCAGGAACCGAGAAACCAGACUUCAUGUUACUCUGUGAUCUUCAAUAUGGCGUUAACGGUUUCCGUGGAAUUGCGCAUGGCGGCUUUCUUUGCUCGUUGAUAGACGAGGCGUUGGCGCAGGUCGUGGAGCUUCAUCGACACAGUAGUGACUCGCCUUCGCGCGAAUAUCUCUACACGGCUAAUUUGAAUGUGAAUUUUCGGCGACCGGUUGCGACGCCUAAUGUUAUCAUCAUCAAGGGCUGGCUUGAAAAGAAACAAGGCAGGAAAUGGACUGUUAGAGGAGUGCUCGAGAAUGGUAGGGGAGAAGGAUGUAUUGAUGUUGAUGGGCUGUGGAUUGCCGCUCGUCCUGGAAAGAUUUAG